GAUUUGUCUGAGAAUUUUUUUUUGGUUUCAUAACCAUGCUGCUGCUGGUAGUGUGUAUGGUGCUUUCUGUCUCUGGGAACAUAUUUGCUGGCAUGCCAAGAGUGAUUCACAAGACAGAAGUGAACAGUACUGUGGGAGAAAAUGUAACCUUGUCCUGCCAGCUGUCUGCAGAGAAAGAGGUCCUCCAAGUCACAUGGCAGAAAGAAGGUCAAACAACAGAUAAUAUAGCCACAUACAGUCCCAACCAUGGCCCCAGAUUACUUGGAUCCUACCUUGACCAUGUCCGAGUGACCCAAAGUGAUUUGAACUCCUCAGCCAUCACACUUGAGUUUGUCUCCUUAAAAGAUGAAGGAUGCUACAGAUGCAUUUUCAACAUUUUCCCCAUAGGGCCUGUCCAGGGCAGGAUGUGUUUGAAUGUUUAUGCCAUAUCAAAACCCGAGGUGGAUGCCCAGCUCCUGACCAGGGAAGAGGGGGAAGUACUGUCCCUGAGCUGCCGUGUGACAGGAAAACCAGCCCCCAAGAUCACCUGGGACCUGCCAGAUGGUUUGGUAGUGACACCACAACUCUCAUAUGUUUGGCACCCUAACAAGACUGUGACUGUCAUCAGCAACUUCACCUACAGCCCUGCCCAGCUCCCCCAGGAAUGGCCAAUAAUAUGUAUGAUUCAGCACCCAGUUCUCAACACAGAGAUUGAAUUGAAGUAUCCAUUCCACGAAACUACUGAUGAUCACAAGAUUAUCUUCAUCUGCUUCUUUUCUGUGAGCAUCACUGCCUUUUUCCUGGGACUCUAUUAUUGCUGUUUACGGAAACAAAAAAUGGACACCUGCCAAGUAGGCGAAGCUGUGAUCUUGGUCAUCAGUUGGUUGACUCCAAAGGUCUGCUGUGGGAGGUUCUCAAGCAAAGUUUCUGCCAACAUCACUGAGCAGCAAAGGACUGCGUAUGUGUAACCCUUUUUAUACUUAUACUGGAAAUACUCUCAAACUGUGCUCAACUGUGUUGUUGAAACUGGCAAGGAAACUCUAGGGGCCACACCCAAGAGUGUGCAACCAGCUGGCUCCUUCAAGACAACUCCCACGGAUGUUGCUGAGCUUUCUGUGAUUCAGGAAUCUUUGGACCUUGUGUCUUAUACUGAUCAACAGUGAUACUACAGUGGGUCUGUGAUCUCAUGAGUUUGGGACUUCCUUCCAAUGAUCUGAAGUGAGACAGACUGAGAUCUAUCCAUAUCUGCCUGUUUGAUGCUAUCCUAGUUCAUGGCCUCCCAGAAAUUCACCACAAGGAGUCCAUCUAACACUUGGGACUGUAUUUGAUUUUUCCCAACAUCCCAACAUAGCAGUGAAACAUUCUGCCUGUCUUUGGCAGCCCUGGAUUUAAACAUGUGACCCACCAACCUUUUCUUCCUGGCAUACUCUCCCAUGAUGAUAUCCUCACCUCUCAUUCUUCUUUAGAGAGAUUUGUUGGUUUUAUUUCAUAGCUGCUCGUAUCUACCUCCCAUUUCACCAUUGUCCUUUAUGAGAUACUCUUCUUUAGUGUUUUAUAGGAAAUGGUAUCGCCAUAUAACAAAACUGGUAAUAUAUUUAAUAUUCAGAACAUAAUCCUUUUCUUUCAUGAAAAGCUGUAUGGAAUUAAAUCUUUUUUGUUGGUACAAGACCGUGAAGAAUAUACAUAUAUGUUCCACAUAUUUGAAAGAGCCAGAGUCUGUGGGUAUACUCCAUGAUUUGUACUUUGUUGGUAUUGCUCACUUGUUUCCUCUCUGGGACCCCAUUUUUGGGUUUUCUUGGCAAAGAAACUGGAGUGGUUUGACAUUUCCUUCUCUAGCUCAUUUUAAAGAUGAGAAAACUGAGGCAAACAAGGUUAAGUGACUUGCCCAGGGUUACAAAGCUAGUAAGUGUCUGAGGUUAGAUUUGAACUCAUGAAUCUUUCUGAUUUCAAUCACAGUGUUCACACACUGCACCACCUAGCUGCCCCUUACAAAAAAAAUUUGCUAGCAAAAAGCAAAAUGGGUGAGGAUUCCUCUGAUUACUACCAGUACAAUUAAUAUUAUGCGAAAACCCGUGGGUUAAGUCCAAUGGUUGUUUCCAUGACCAAACCAUUUCUUUUUUUCUGCUUAUACAACAUUCUCAACACUACCUCAUAAGUCUAAAUACUUCAGUAAUUCAGGGAUCUCUGAAAUGGGUUUAGGUAAGCCCUUCACCAAUGUGGAUUCUGAGCCCUCCUUGGCAGUCUUUGCAAGUUUCUGUGUCCAGGGCGGGUAAGGCCAAUAUAAUUUCAAAAAAUGACAAUUUUACCUAAUUAAUCUAGUCAU